UAUAUAUACCAGGUCAGAUUUAUAUUGUUGUGAUUUUUUUUUUUAAAAUACACCCUAUUUUCUUUCGUGGGCAUCAGAGUGAGAAAGGGACAGAAAUGUGUUGAAAUUAACAUGGAAAUCCAGCCGCUUGUGUUCUCUGGGCGGCCGAGGCCACCUUGGUUUGGGAGAUGCUGCUGGAUGGUGAGUGAAUGCACUGAUUUAGCGAACACUGGGUAGAACAUAUUGUAGGUCAGUAUUUACACUCGGAUUUUUCUAGGCGGAACCCCCCCCCCCCCCCAUCUUUGACCAAGGAGGCUGAAAAUUGCUGAGAAUAAUUCAUUAUAAUCUCGUUUACACGAAACAGAUCCUUUAUCUGUAACGAUUGUUUAGAAACGGAGAAGGAAGGAGGGAGGGUGGGGGUUCGGUGUGAGGUUUAGAGUAACGUGGGUCUGGCCCAAUUACACCAUCAAUGUAAUGUCAGCUUCAGCGAGGACCCCGCUUGUCCCUCCCGCCGCGGGAUUUGUUACAUCCAGCGAGCACUGGCUACAAAUGUAACCCCCAUCAUCAGGGUUGUGUUCAUUAAAUGCAACAUUUCUGAUUUGCUACUUUAAGAGCAUAGCGGAAGUGAAAACAGAGUAGCGUACGCUCUUGUCCCUAACCUGUUGGAUACUCUGAAGCGUUACAUCAUUGCUAUCCACCAGGCGUAGUAAUGCUAAAAAUAAAAUGCAGUGCAAACGUAACAAGUAGAAAUUGGUUAUGAAAAAACUGCAACGCAACAUCCGGUAACUGACAGUGGGAGUAUUUUCAUCCAAUUGUAUAUUUUUGUGUGUGUUUGUGUGUAUUUGUGUGUGUGUGUGUGUGUGUGUGUAGUGGUUUAAAGAGCGAGCACAUCUUUUGCCGUGAACCUGUGGACCCGACCACUUUCGAGCAAAUCUGUCGACCCUGUACUGCCAACUGAAAGACUGACAGCACUCAAUAACAGAAUGGAAGUGGACCUCAGUGGUAUUUCCAGGACAGACUUGCCUGUCCUUCCUGCACCUGCUCUUGAAGUGAACUCUCAGGGGAAAUCGGAGGCGGAGAAACCUCGGAGCUCCAGCACCCCGUGUUCCCCAGUCAAGCGGACCGUGUCUAGCUAUCAAAUUCUUCACAUGGAUACCAACUACCUGGUUGGCUUUGCUACCGGUGGCGAACUUUUAAAACUGGCUAAAAGGUGGUCAAGUAGUGAAGUGGGUGCAGCGAAUGUUGUACCUGGCCAACUUACCAAACAGCAGGAUGUGGGACUGACUAGAACUUCACGGGUCUAUCGAACCAAGAACCGAUAUUAUCAGCCGUACGAGAUCCCGGCGGCAAAUGGGCGGCGGCGGCGGCGAAUGCCAAGCUCGGGGGAACGAACCAUCAAGUCCUUAUCUUUCGACCCGAACAGAUGUCUACGUGGCCCUUUGCCAGUUUGCCUCAUUAAAGGGAAAAGAGCCCAGUCGAAAUCGUUGGAUUACCUAAACCUAGAUAAAAUGAGUAUUAAGGAGCCAGCAGACACGGAAGUACUGCAAUACCAGCUACAGCAUCUCACGCUUAGAGGGGAGCGUGUGUUCAACAGAAAUAAAACUUGAAAAGAAAUGCAUUGCUUGAUUCAAUGAUGCACAAGAAACAACACGGCUUGUGGAAGUCCGUGUCCUAUUUGCCCCAAUUUCAUUGUGACUGAUGGGAGCAGUCGAACUGAGUAAUUUGACAGUAGAUAUUUUGGUUUUCUUGAUGGAACAUUGAUUCUAUACAAGCUAUGCACUGGGCUGCAAAAUCAGUGCUCUUUCUGGUAGAAUGAAUGUGGGUUAGAUAGUAUAGAUGGCCAAUGUUACAUUGCAGAACGAUAAGAAGCAGUUUACUCCGAUGUUACCGGUUAAUGGUUAAAAUGGUCUUCUGUUCUCCUUAUGGCAGUAAGUUUGAACGGCUGAGGUACUGCUGCACUGUUAUUCUGUAGCAAUAAUAACCAAUUGUCAAGGUUGUCUUUGGGUAACAUUUAUGCCUUUUUGUUAUUUAGCUUGUUUUAUGAGUUGUAGCUGAUAUACUUCUACUAUUGGAAGGCAAAGAAAUGUUAUCUAAUCAAAUACAUUUAGAUGUGGAGUCCUAUCCAGUAGGCGGGAAAGUCAAUUUUAAAAUGUACUAUAUUUUGCAUUUAUAUAGAGGUUCAACCUCUUCUGGACCACUAUUUUAAGCUAGCGCAUCCUUCAUCUACGUCAGAAGGCAAUGAAUUACUGAUGGAAGAUUCGUAAUAGCCCAUAUAUGCACUGCAGUAAACCUUCUGAACUGAAGUGUGAGGUUUUGACUAACACAAUUUAGAUGAGCCAGAUAUGUUAACUCAUCCCUAUAUUCACUUGCUUUAUGAACUGACUUUUACAAAUAUAAAAGAAAACAAAAUUGCAAGCUUAUUUGUUUGAUUAACAGGCGGGCUACAACGGUUUUUCCUCAACUGAAUUUGUUAAUAUAAAUACAUUGUGAAUCAAUGAGUAAGGAAAUAUUUUAGCGGUAUAUUUUGUUUUUUUUCUAAUUUAAUAUUAUUUAAUGUAAUAAUAUAGAAAUAUUAAUACCAGAAGUAAAUUGAAAAUGUAUGCUUGCUGUGUUUUUCCAUGUUUGAGUGUUGUUUCGUAGUUGGCUCAGCACAGCCUGUCUGACUUUGAGGAGAAGUAUUGAGGAUAAUGUAGAAUUUCCGCUGCAAUUCUUUGACACUAAUAUUCAAUAGCAUACCAUGUUUUCAAACAUAGAAUCAUACCAUAGAACGGACUGUUGCUUAAUUCUUUCCUGCUUUUGGCAUUUCCAAUAUAACUAAAAUGUGGUGGAAGUGUGUUUCCAAUGUAUAUUUGUGUUAAAGUAUUUUAUUUAAAUUCAUUGUGAUUGACUACAACUUGUCCCUUCUUCCCUCUGCACUACUGAAAUUAACUGGAAUGGAUGAGGGGAAAGGGGUCCUAAACAACUUAGUAACCUUUAUGCAGCUAUAGCUGUAUUUUUUUUCGUAAAUUGAAUAUUCAGAUUCAGAAUAUAUUAAAGAUGUGGGAACACACCAUACAAUUAAGUCAUUAAAGUUAAUGUUCCCUUCAGUGUUUUUAAACACAAUUUUGGAAGUGUGUGGAAAAUUCUUCUGCUGAAAUUGCAUUUAUUUAGCUUCUUGAAGUUUGUGUUGUCAAUUUUAUUUUCAGUACAGAUAUUAAAGUUUUUUUUUUGCAUUUAUCUGAUAAUAUCUUUAAACCUGGUCUAUAAAAGGUAACAUUGGUUUAACUUCCAUUGCCCGUGGCUUGCAGUAUUUCGAUAUGUCCAUCUUUGCUAUUAAAGCUGAGAACACACUGCACAGAGGCACAGGUUGGCCUCCAAUGUCUGUGCCGAACAUGAUGUCAAGCUAAACUAACCUCAUUUGUCUGCACAUGAUCUAUCCUCUAUAUUUCCUGCACAUCCUUGUGCCCAUCUAAAAAGCCUUUCAAAUGCCACUCUCAUAUCUGCCUAUGCCACCACCCCCAACACCAUGUUCUUGGCAUUAUGUAAAAACAAAGCUUGCCCUCGCAUCUCUUUUAAACUUUGUCCCUUUCAACUUAAAGCUAUACCCUAUAGCUGUUUCAUUGCAAAAGAUUUGUACAAGGCUUUCAUUACAGUUUCCUAGCACGAUUAGUCUAGGCUGCAGUGAUUUAGCAAUAACAUUUGAUACCAAAUACUGGGAACUGAAAUAAAUGAUGGCUACCUUAGUAAGAUAACUGGUUAUUUUUUCCAGAUUUGUGAUGGUAUUCUUGGGAUGAUUUUAUUUUUUCAGACACGGGGCAGCAAUUGUGGAAACAUAAUGGGCUCCCAAGGUAUAGGUUUGUUAUUGUCAACUGUCCCAAGCUUUGUUUUGCAAGCUAUCCAAAGAGAUCAGAUAUUGCAUACAAUCUGUUCAUGCUCAAGUACAAUCAAAGAGGAAGAUAAAGAGUUCAGAAUAUAGUUCUUAUCAUUGUAGCGCAUUGGUUCUUUAGACAAAAGUCGAAUGUCCUCAAGGGAUAGUUGUGAAAUGAACAGGACCCUAGCUUAUGGAAGGGACACUUGAUAACAGAAGGGAAGAAGCUGUUCCUGAGUCUGGGCCUCCAUUAAAAAGUCUCUUGGUUUACAAGGUCAUAUUGCUGAGAUGUUUGUCCUUGUAACAAAUAGUGCAACUAGAAAUAAAUAAUGACUUUUAAAGUAGAUGUAGUGGGAAGAAAAAUCAUUAUUGGUGAUUUGUAUCGACAACUUGUUGGAAAUCAGAAAAAAAUUCCAUAAAAUGGAUAUUUAAUUCAAAUGUAAGUAAUUAAAAUAGCAAUGUCAGGAUAGCUUCAAAUCUCCCCGUUUGAGUUGCUAAGAAGCUCCUCUAAAAGCCUCAAAUUAAUCAUAAUGUGUUAUUUUGAAGAAAUAAUUCUUCGGGUUCUAAAAGAAAAUUAACUUUAUUUUGCAUAGUUUCCUUUCCUAUAAGCGCAGAGAUUUUUCAUUUGCUGGCCUCUGUUUUAUGGCAGAGCAUGUCAGAUGAUUAUUUAAUAGCAAAAUAAUUUUUGGAAUAAUUCUGGUCAAGUGCAGAAUUUAUUUUAUUGAUCCCACAUUACUCAUUACAUUUCAAUUGCACAAAUGCAAAUUAUUCACAAUAUUGAAGGUGUAGUAAAAUGCCACACAACCAGGGUAUUUUUUACCAGUUGUGCAUUGUCCUUGAACACACAGCCUUGCUAUUUCUGAAAGCACUUAACAGUUGCUGAAAUACAGAGGCCAGACUUAGCUGGGAUGGCAGAUUUCCUUCCCGAAGAGGCAUUAGUGAAUUUGGUGCAUUUCAUGACAAUUAAGUGGUUCCCUAGUCAUGUUUUUGAUACGAUAGCAGUAGCAGGAUCGGUCCGAGUCAUUAUGGAUUUAUUGAAAUUAUGCUUGACGAAUCUUCUGGAAUUCUUUGAGGAUAUAACUAGGUAAAUGGACAAGGGAGAGCCAGUGGAUGUAGUGUACCUGGACUUUCAGAAAGCAUUUGAUAAGGUCCCACAUAGGAGAUUAGUGGGCAAAAUUAGAGAUUAGUUAGCAAUAUUGAGGGUAGGGUACUGACAUCGAUAGAAAAUUGGUUGGCAGACAGGAAACAAAGAGUAGGGAUAAACAGGUCCCUUUCAGAACGGCAGGCAGUGACUAGUGGGGUACCGCAAGGCUCGGUGCUGGGACUGCAGCUAUUUACAAUAUACAUCAAUGAUUUAGAUGGAGGGAUUAAAAGUAACAUUAGCAAAUUUGCAGAUGACACAAAGCUGGGUGGCAGCGUGAACUGUGAGGAGGAUUAUAUGGGGAUGCAGGGUGACUUGGACAGGUUGAGUGAGUGGGCAGAUGCAUGGCAGAUGCAGUUUAAUGUGGAUAAAUGUGAGGUUAUCCACUUUGGUGGCAAAAACAGGAAGACAGAUUAUUAUCUGAAUGGUGUCAAGUUGGGAAAAGGGGAAGUACAACGAGAUCUGGGGGUCCUUGUUCAUCAGUCACUGAAAGUAAGCAUGCAAGUACAGCAGGCAAUGAACAAAGUGAAUGGCAUGUUGGCCUUCAUAACAAGAGUUGAGUAUAGGAGCAAAGAGGUCCUUCUGCAGUUGUAAAGGGCCUAGUGAGACCACACCUGGAGUAUUGUGUGCAGUUUUGGUCUUCAAAUUUGAGGAAGGACAUUCUUGCUAUUGAGGGAGUGCAGCGUAGGUUCGCGGGGUUAAUUCCCUGGAUGGCGGGACUGUCAUAUGUUGAUAGAAUUUAGGAUGAGAGGGGAUCUUAUUGAAACAUAUAAGAUUAUUAAGGGUUUGGGCACGCUAUAGGCAGGAAACAUGCUCCCGAUGUUGAGAGAGUCCAGAGUUUAAGAAUAGAGGGUAAGCUAUUUAGGACGGAGAUGAUGAAAAACUUUUUCACACAGAAUUGUGAAUCUGUGGAAUUCUCUGCCUCAGAAGGCAAUGGAGGCCAAUUCUCUGUAUGCUUUCAAGAGAGAGUUGGAUAGAGCUCUUAAAGAUAUGGAGUCGGGGGAUAUGGGGAGAAGGCAGGAACGGGGGUACUGAUUGUAGAUGAUCCGCCAUGAUCAUAGUGAAUGGCAGUGCUGGCUCGAAGGGCCGAAUGGCUGACUCCUGCACCUAUUGUCUAUUGUGUAAAUUGUUCAACGUUGGAUCCGGCACAUUCGAGACUCUUUACUGUUGUCUCAUAUGUUCAACUGAACAAUAAAUUUGGACCUGUAAUGUGGCUUAUUUAUUUAAUGCUUGUAAACUUGCUACCGAUUAAUCGAUUUUCAAUAUGAGCAAACCAACACACAUCAGCGAAAUAUCCUAAAAGAGACUUACAGAAAUUACUAAAGGUAGACACAAAGUGCCGGAGUAACUCGGUGGAUCAAGCAGCUUCUGUGGAGGAAAAGAAUAGGUGAUGUUUUGUGUUGGAACCCUUCUUCACACUCAAUUUACAGAAUGUAUUGUGAUAACUGAAUUGCAGAUUCUGUAACUGACCACUAUAUAUAAACUAAACUAAUAUGAUGAUUCUGGUUGUGAUUUUUCUUUUCUCCGCCUGUUUUUGACUAUUUGCAUCAUUACAAAGCUGUAAUAUCGCAAAGUGCUCGUUCAGCCGGAUGUGGCUCAAAGUAAAUUAGAUAAUUAAUCUUUCGGCGAGGAAUGCUCUUGACAAUUACAACUGUGGUUGAUGCAUUUUCCUUGAAUUACCCUUUGCAAAGAUAAAACUGGGAAAUAGUAAUUGUGGUUGAUGAGAGGAAGAGAUUUUUGUGGAAAACUAUGUUAAGCUAGACUGAUUACAAUGUCCAUAGUCCACUAAAUCUGGUUGAUUGUAUUGUAUGAUGAGGCUUUAAUCUCAAAAUGGAAGAUUUUAUAAAGAUCAAGACCACAAACCUUGCGAAAAGAUUAGAUUUUCAGUAGAUCUAUGAUUAAUGAUUAAUAAUCUCCUAAUCUAUCACCAAUUAAAUAUAUGCUGUAUGCUUUUGGACACAGGAUGCACCAACUCCAAAUAUUGACUUCCUGGGCCUUUGCCUUCCCUACACAUUGAGUUUGUUUGCAACCACUUUUUGCACAAUUAUACUUGAAAAAUGUGGUUAUUCUCACAACCUGGUUUAGUAAACAAAAUAAUACUUGCCAAAGUCAAUCAAAAUACAAUAAAUAUUCAGUUUUCACUUCACGUCAUAGAGUGAUACAGUGUGGAAACAGGCCCUUCGGCCAAACUUGCCCACACCGACCAACAUGCCCCAGCUACAGUACUCAUUCCACGCACCCGCCACUCUUUGUGUGAGAAAGUUACCCCUCAGAUUCCUAUAAAAUCUUUCCCCCUUCACCUUAAACCUAUGCCCUCUGGCACUUGGUACCCCAACUCUGGGCAAGAGACUCUGUGAAUCUACACAACCUAUUCCUCUCAUGAUUUUAUCAACUCUGAUCAAGAAGGCUCACCAGCGUCUCUUCCUGAGGAGACUGAAGAAGGUCCAUCUGUCUCCUCAGAUUCUGGUGAACUUCUACCGCUGCACCAUCGAGAGCAUCCUUACCAACUGCAUCACAGUAUGGUAUGGCAACUGCUCUGUCUCCGACCGGAAAGCACUGCAGUGGGUGGUGAAAAUUGCCCAACGCAUCACCGGUUCCUCGC